GUUUUGCUGCUCCCGACUGGACCGAGGUCGAUGCGGGAUGUGGGCGCGAAUGAAUUGCGCGGCUGAGGAGUUUUAUGCUCGUCUUCUCCAGGAACUUAAUGAAGAAAAGAAAGGAGUCUGUAAAGACCCAUUCGUCUAUGAGGCUGAUGUGCAAGUGCAGCUGAUCAGCAAAGCCCAGCCAGAUCUUCUGAAAACUCUUCUAAAUGAGAACAGAUUGGUGUUUCUUGUGGAAAAAGCGCUUUUAGAGAAGGAAGAAACAAGUCAUGUUGAAGAACCACAGGCUGAAGAAACUGCUAUUUCUGAUUUCUCUACUGGUGAAAGUGUUAGGCCACUGGCCUUGCCAGUUGGGAGAGCAAGGCAGCUAAUUGGGCUUUACACCAUGGCUCACAAUCCUAAUAUGACCCAUUUGAAGAUUAAGCAGCCAGUUACUGCCCUUCCUCCUCUUUGGGUGAGAUGUGACAGUUCAGAUCCUGAAGGUACCUGUUGGCUAGGAGCUGAGCUCAUGACAGCAAAUGACAUCAUUACAGGAGUUGUCUUAUAUGUGGUCACUUGUAAAGCUGACAAAAAUUAUUCUGAAGAUCUGGAAAAUCUAAAAAAUUCACACAAGAAAAGACAUCACUUGUCUGCUGUAACGGCCAGAGGAUUUGCCCAAUACGAACUCUUUAAGUCCACUGACUUGGAUGAUGUUGUCACCCCGUCACAAACUACAGUCACUUUGGAUAUUUCCUGGAGUCCUGUGGAUGAGAUUCUUCAAACCCCUCCCCUGUCUUCCACUGCAACUCUGAAUAUCAGAGUACAAUCAGGAGAGCCCAGAGGUUGUUUGAAUCAUCUCCACAGAGAACUGAAAUUUCUCCUUGUUUUGGCUGAUGGUUUGAGGACUGGUGUAACUGAAUGGCUUGAACCUCUGGAAACAAAAUCAGCUGUUGAACUUGUACAAGAAUUUCUGAAUGACUUAAAUAAACUGGAUGAAUUCGAUGAUUCUACAAAAAAAGACACACAAAAAGAGGCGGUGAACCAUGAUGCAGCUGCAGUUGACCGGUCUGUGCUUAUCACAGUGCGGGAGGAUCUCGAUUUUGCUGAACAGCUUUGGUGCAAAAUGAGCAGCAGUGUGAUUUCAUAUCAAGACUUGGUGACGUGUUUCACAUUGAUCCUGCAGAGUCUGCAGCGUGGUGAUAUACAGCCUUGGCUGCACAGUGGGAGUAACAGCUUACUAAGUAAGCUCAUUCAUCAAUCUUACCAUGGAGCCAUGGACAGUGUCCCUCUCUCUGGAACUACCCCACUUCAAAUGCUCUUGGAAAUUGGAUUGGACAAACUAAAGAAAGAUUAUAUCAGCUUUUUUGUCAGUCAGGAACUUGCAUCUUUGAAUCAUUUGGAAUACUUCAUUUCUCCAUCAGUAGCUACACAAGAACAGAUUUAUCGUGUUCAGAAACUCCACCAUAUUCUAGAAAUUCUAGUCAUCUGCAUGCUUUUCAUUAAACCUCAGCAUGAGCUUCUCUUUUCUUUAACACAAUCCUGCAUAAAAUACUACAAACAAAAUCCUCUGGAUGAGCAACACAUUUUUCAGUUGCCAGUCAGACCAGCUGCUGUAAAGAAUCUGUAUCAAAGUGAGAAGCCCCAGAAAUGGAGAGUGGAAAUAAGCAGUAAUCAGAAGAAGGUGAAAACAGUGUGGCAACUGAGUGACAGCUCUCCUGUAGAUCAUUCCAGUUUUCAUAAGCCUGAUUUUUCUGAGUUGACACUGAAUGGUAGCCUGGAAGAAAGGGCUGCUUUUAUUAACAUGGUUACCUGCAGCCAGGUGCACUUCAAGUAACACGUGCCGAGGGUCCCUGCAAGCAGAAAAAGAAGCGUGAUUCUGAAGAUCCUCCGAAAGAUGAAGGUGGAGAUGAGAUCCUAUCUCAGCUGUGGCUCCUGAGGAGGAGUGUUAGCAGCAGGGCAGCAAUGAGGAUGGAGAGGGCGCAAACUGUGGGUACCACAAUCUCCGAAGCCAUGUGCAUGUGCCUAAGCAAGGGCUCUGAAACGGACAGAGAACAUUCCACCAGACAUGAAGUUUGUUUUGAAACAAAAACUAAAGAAGAGGUACCAUUGUGGGUUUUUUGUUUUUAUUUUUGUUUUGGGAACUCUCACUGUAGACCAGGCUGGCCUUGAACUUACAGAUCCUCCUGCUUCUGCCUCCCAAGUUCUAUUUACUAAAUGUGUACACUGCUACCAUCCAUUUUAACUAUGGUAUCUAAUUGUUCCUAUUUGUUGUAAAAAGAAACCAAAACAGUAAAUAAAACAGAUUUUAAAAUGGUGGUGGGACUGUAGUACUGAGGCAGAGCAUUCACUUGGCUGCACACAGCCUUGGGGGAUCCCUGCCAUCACACAGAACUUAUGUGAGAGCUGGAAAUGUUACAGAAAUCUGGGAAUGCCUAAAUUUGGUUCUUUCACUGGAACUUCAGGAAGCCUAAGUGUGGAUAAUAUUUAUGCUGGCAUUAAUUUCAACAUAUUAGCAUCCAUAUUCCAUGAGUUCUCUGGAUUUUUACUGAGGAACUUGUAAAAGAACCCUUCGGGCUGGGUAUGGUGGUGCAAGCCUACAGAAGGAGUUCCAGGACAGCCAGGGUUACAAAGAGAAACCCUGCCUCAAAAGGAAAAAAAAAAGAAUCCACUGGAAACAUUUCUAGUUUUUUGAGUUUGUUAUUCUUCAUAUAUCUUAUAAAACAUUAAGAGAUGUAGGAAUGUCUAUAUUACAAAUUCUAAUGGUAAUUCUUAAACUCGUUUGUUUGUUAAUACAAAAAUUCAUUAAAAACCUAAACAAUUA